AUGGUUUCCGUCGAAGAAGUCGCUAAACACAACUCCAAGGACUCUUGCUGGGUCAUUUUGCAUGGAAAGGCCUAUGAUCUGACCGAGUUCCUGCCUGAGCAUCCUGGAGGACAGGCUAUCAUUCUCAAGUACGCUGGAAAGGACGCCACCAAGGCUUUUGACCCAAUCCACCCUCGUGAUGUGGUCGAUAAGUUCUUGGAUAAGGACAAGCACCUGGGAGAGGUGACUGGAGAGAUUGCCGCCGAAGAAGAAGAGGAAGUCACUCCAGAGGAAAAGGCGCGUCUUGAGCGGUACGAGAACCGUCCUCCCCUCAGCCAGAUCUUCAACUCGUUCGAUUUUGAGUACGUGGCUAGACACACCAUGUCUCCCAACGCAUGGGCGUACUACUCUUCUGGAUCCGAUGACGAGAUCACUGUCAGAGAAAACCACAGAGCCUUCCACAAAAUCUGGUUCCGACCACGAGUGCUGGUAGAUGUCAAAAACGUGGACAUUUCCACCACCAUGCUGGGCACAAAGUCAUCCGUACCGUUUUACAUCACCGCUACAGCUCUAGGUAAAUUGGGCCAUCCCGAGGGAGAAGUGGUGCUCACACGUGGAGCCGACAAGAUGGAUGUCAUUCAGAUGAUCCCCACUCUGGCCUCGUGCUCGUUCGACGAGAUUGUGGACGCCGCCACAGACAAACAGACUCAGUGGAUGCAGCUGUACGUGAACAUGGAUCGAGAGGUGACCAAAAAGAUUGUGCAGCACGCCGAAAAGCGGGGAGUCAAGGGUCUGUUCAUCACUGUGGACGCUCCUCAGCUUGGACGACGAGAAAAGGACAUGCGAACCAAAUUCGGAGAUCCUGGAGCUCAAGUUCAGCAGUCCGACGACUCUGUGGACCGAUCUCAGGGAGCUGCUCGAGCCAUUUCCUCGUUCAUCGACCCCUCUCUGUCGUGGAAGGACAUCCCCUGGUUCCAGAGCAUCACCAAGAUGCCCAUCAUUCUCAAGGGUGUUCAGUGUGCUGAAGAUGCGCUCAAGGCUGUGGAAUACAAGGUGGACGGUAUCCUGCUGUCUAACCAUGGAGGUCGACAGCUGGAGUUUGCCCGGCCCUCAAUCGAGGUGCUGGUCGAAGUCAUGGCUGCUCUGAGGGCAAAGGGAUGGCAGGAUUACAUCGAGGUGUACAUUGACGGAGGUAUAAGACGAGCCACUGACGUUAUCAAGGCUCUGUGUCUGGGUGCCAAAGGAGUGGGUAUUGGACGGCCUUUCCUGUAUGCUAUGAGCACAUAUGGAGAGGAUGGCGUGUGCCAUCUGAUCCAGCUGCUCAAGGAUGAGAUGGAAAUGAACAUGCGUCUGAUUGGAGCCACCAAGAUUGAGGAUCUCAACCCCAGCAUGGUUGACCUCAAGAGCAUCUUCACCCACUCGGCAGACACCGCUCGGGACAUUCUGGGAGAGAAUGUUUACCAACAUAUGGAGAUGCCUCUUUUCAAGGGCAGCAAGCUGUAG